GUGAAAUUCACGCUAUUGAAGAAAAAAGACACUAUGGCGAGAACAAUUUGGUGAGGAAAGAAAGAUGAUAUCCGUAAAAGGAAGAAAAACAUGAACCAACCUACCCGUUGAUGGUUUACAUACGCUGACUCUUGGUACUAUCAACCACAUCAGGGGCCUAUCGAGGAAUGGAAUUCCCUUUCCACUCCCAACGCUCAGACCUCCACGAAGAUAUUAUAAUUAUGAUCCAAGCUCUAGCUCAAUUGCUUUGAAAUCUCUCAGUGUUCAGGAAAUUUCUUCAUGCGGUGUGCUUUCUAUCUAACUCACCUGUUUUUGCCAUUGUAGGGCAUGAAAAAGGUCUGUCCCUGGAACCAGGGAUGGCCCUCCCACUGACUUGUGUUGUAAAGCCAAUUCACCCAUAGGAAUACCCGUCGUAAUAAACUGUCUGUGACAUAUAAGGAAACGGAUGGGGUAGGGAAAAAAUAAAAUAAAAUAAAAAGUCCUGCACGAAGUUGGGUGUCCACUGUCACACCUCCGAGGCUUUGAUUUCUUUCCACUCGUGACAACCAUACAGGGGGCAUUCGACGGGUGUCGUGUCGGCUCAUACUGCAGUCGUCUUUAGGUGCGAACACCUCUUCACUGUCACGACCCCCUGUACCCCUCUAAUUUCAAUUAAAAGUCUGAUCCGCACGCACGGAGGGUAAAAUGGAUCGCAAUUGAAGUCCAAUGGAGGGUGCCAGGGUGUGGGUGGCUUGAAUUUCAAUACCGGAGGAAGUAGACUCCCUGCGAUUUAGCGACAACAGCUCCCUCCCCCUUUCUGGUAUCAACGUCGUGUUAGCUCAUGGACCUCGCGCCUACGGUUCCAUACGUGUGUGUUUGGUGAAAAUUCUGGAAUACGCUACAACGAGCAGCGAGGGUGAUUGUUAAAGGAACGAGGGGGAAAAGGAGGCUGCCGAUGAAUCCCCAAGGUGAAUCUUGUUAAGCAUAAUUCUUCUGGUUUAGUACCUUGUCAAAAAAUGCAUUGUAUUCAUUAAUACAUGCUAUUCAAAUCCAAGCUCGAUGGAAUUAUGCUGUUUUUAUUUAAGAUGAAACUUUACAUCUAUUCACUUUUGUUUUUUUACAUAAUUGGCUUCUGUUAAGUAUAAUUUCUCUAUUUGGGAACAGGAUAUGUAUUGCUGCUUUAAUGAUACUGCUUAAUCGUCAAUAAGUACAAAGGGGAAAAAACAUUCACGACCUGUACAUAUAUUAUAUAAUGCUGAACUAAGCUUCAACUCUUUAUUUCAACUGCUAGGAGUUAGUAUAUUGAAAAUAUUUUGAACUCAAAACUUUUCACUCGUAGAAGAAUUUAUCUGAUAAGGCUAGGGUACCACCGAAGUUAAUAUAUAUAUAUUAUAUAUAUAUAUAUGUAUAUAUAUAAUAUAUAUAUAUACACACAUUAUUAUUAAUUUUCUUGACUUGACGAAUUUUACGUGUUGUCUAAACGGAAAUGAUGGAGAAGAAAUCACGUCCGACUUUGAUCACGAUGUUGCCUAUCAUCACUUCCAUUCUCGACACCGAUGUGUACAAGUUGUACAUGCAGCAGGCGGUAUUCCACCAGAACCGCGAUGUGCACGCCGAGUAUGAGUUUAAUUCCCGCGAUCACGAAUGCUUCGGGGAAUUCGCCGAUGUCAUUCGGAAACAGGUAAACUGCAUGGCGUCCGUAGUUUUGAGUGAUGAGGAGUACGACUAUUUGUCGGGGCUGCCCCAAUUUAAAAUGGAUUAUCUAAACUAUUUGCGAUCCUACCGGUUUAAUCCGAAGCAGGUGACUAUCCGCGCGGUUCCCGCCGAGGAAGAGGGCCACAGCGACGCCCUGAAGCUCGUGGUGGUCGUUCAAGGGCCGUGGGUGGAGACGAUCCUGUGGGAGAUCCCGUUGCUCGCGAUCAUCAGCGAGGUCGUGCAGAACGCACGGCACCCCACGAUCGGGAUCCAAGAAGCCCUCGAGACGCUGCAUCGCAACCUCGACAACUUCUUCGCCGCGCAUAGCGAGGAGGAGUUGGAGUCGUUUCGCGUUUCCGACUUCGGCUCGCGGCGGCGUUUCAGCCAGGUCGUUCACGAAGCCGUCGUGCGCGCGCUACACGAGCACCCGCGCUUUUCCCGGCAUCUCAUCGGAACGAGCAACUGUGAUAUCGCGCGACGGGUGGGGAUUCCGGCGGUGGGAACCCAGGCACAUGAAUGGUAUCAAGCCUUCCAGCAGCUCUCCCCCGAUCUCCGUCUUUCCCAGGCGACGGCGAUGAAGAUGUGGCUGCGAGAGUACCCCAACUGCCUCGGUAUCGCGCUCACCGACUGCAUCACGAUGGAUGCGUUUCUCAAAGAUUUCAACUACGCCCUUGCCUCGGCAUAUAUCGGGUUGCGGCAGGAUAGCGGAGAUCCGGUGGAGUGGGGCCGAAAGGCGAUCGAGCACUACCGCGCGCUCGGGAUCGAUCCGAAGCAGAAGGUGCUCGUCUUCUCCGACGGCCUGAACCUGGAGAAGGCGGCGGAGCUGUAUAAUAUGUUUAAGGAGCAAACAACGGUGAUGUGUGGGAUCGGCACGUACCUGAGCUGCACCAUUGAUGGCGUGCGGCGGCUGAAUAUCGUGAUCAAGAUGGUGCGAUGUCAGGGACGCCCGGUGGCGAAGGUCUCGGAUAGCCCCGGGAAGACGAUUUGUGAGGAUUCCACCUUUGUCGAGAAGCUUCUCCGGGUUUUCAACGUGCCGAAUCGGCCAAUCGCAAAGUGCCACAAGGUUAUGAGUACUUAA